UCAGUGUUUUAUUCAUCAACCAAGAAGAGAAAUAUAUAUAUAUAUACAGAAGAACAUCCCCCAUCAUAUCUGUAUAUAGGGUGAGAGAUUAAGAUUUAAUACUCUGCACAUGAGUUUUUUUUUUUCAACAGCACUAAUUAAAGAAGCCAUUCUUUCAGUGUUUUCUUUUGGCAAGUGUGCCAUAGAUUAGUUGACUUGACAGGGAUGGAUUUUUGUCUGGAAUUUGGAAUCUCUAAUUUGUUCAAUUAUAGACAAUACUCAAUACCAUUAGCAAUUUUAGAAAUAAAAACAAGCCACCAUGAGAUACAAUUUCACACUAGUUAGAGUGGCAAAUAUUACAUGCUUCAGUUGACUUAAAAUGUAACAAAUGCCAGUAUGUAUGUGAAGUAAAAAUGUAUUGUCACAUGUUGGUGGUAGGAAUGUAACUAAACAUUUCUAUUACGGAGAACAGUUUGGAAAUUCCUCGUCAAACUAAAAGGGAACCUGUCCUAAGAUCCAAUAAGCCCACUUCUGGCUGUAUACCCAUAGAAAAUAGGAUCAGCACACAAAAGAGAUACUUGCACAUCCACACUUACUGUGGUACUAUUCACUAAUGCAAAUACAUGGCAUAAACCAAAGGGUUCACCAAUGAAUGAAGAACUGUAAUGCAUAUUCAUUGGACUUCUAUUCAGCCAUAAUAAGAAUCAGUUUCCUAUCAUUUUCAGAAUUGGAGAAUAUCAAGUAAGUAAAAUAAUCCAGGAACUGAAGAUAGACAAUGUAUGUAUACAGUCACCUUGGAUGUAAAACAGUGACUACUAGAGGUUAUGUAGGAGAGUUUGAGAGAGGAGUCUAUAUUUGAUUAGUGAACAGUAGACAUGAUUGUUGAAGUAUUAUAUAGUAUUCUUUUAACAUGUAUAAUUAUUUUUCUAAUAAAAGACAGAAUGGAAUAUUAAAAAAGAGAUGCCUAGGCAAAAGGAUAAAAAUGAAUCUAAGUAUUUUGAUAGAAAAGCUAGAUAUCACAUUACAGAAAAAUCAUAGUUCCUAUCCUUUAAUCUUUAGUUUUUUUUCUUAAUUUUUAAUUGAAAACACAUUUUUCUCUUAUAUAAUACAUCCUAACCACAGUUUUCCCUCCCUUCAAUCCUUCCAGCUCCCCUCACUUCCCCUCUCCCCAAGAUCACUCCCUCUCUGUUUCCUCUCCAGAAAAGGUCUGACUUCCAAAAGAAAACAGCCAUAUAGGACAAAAAACAAUAAUGCAAGGCAGAAGUCCUUAUACAGAGACUGAUCAAAGUAACCCAAUAGGAGGAAAAGAGACUUAAGAGCAGGCAAAAAGUCAGAGACAUUCUUGCUCCCAUUAUUAGGAGUCCCACAAUAGACAAGCAAAUGGCCAUAACAUAUAUGUAGAAGACCUGAUGCAGAUCCAUGCAGGCUCAUUCUUGCCACUUUAGCCUCUGUGAACCCAUGUGAAACCUGCUCAUUUGUUUUGGUUGGCCAUAUUCUCCUGUUGUCCUCCAUCCACUGCGAAUCCAAAGGUUUUCCUCUUCUUCUUUUGUGGGUUUCCCAUUUCAGAGAGAGGGACCUGAUGGAGAUCUCUAAUUUAGACUCCCAUUCUGCAUAAAAUCUGGCUGUAGGUCUCUCUAUCAGCUCCAAUUUGCUGCUGCAAGAAGCCUCUCUGAUGAUGACUAGACAAAGCACUGAUCUAUGGGAAGAGCAGAAUAUCAUUAGGAAUCAUUUCAUUUUUUGUUUUUGUUAAGACCAGUCAUGUUUGGUGCAACAAUAGGUCUUGGGGGUAUCCAGGCUCUGACUUCUGUCCAUCCAAACAGUGUUGGUCAUGGUUUCCCUAUUAUGGAGUUGGUCUCAAGUUAAAUCAGACAUGAUUGGCUACUCCCACAAGUUCUGUGCUACCAUUACUCACAGCACUUCUAGCAGACAGGACAAAUUGUAGCUAGAGAGGAUUUUGUGGCUGGGAUGGUGUGCAGAUUUCUCUUUCCAUAGCCUGUAGAGUACUUUCUAGUGCCAAAGAAACUAGAAUACAGGGGUGUAGCGUUCUUAUCAAUAGAUAUUACUUUAAUUUAAGUAGACUUUAAUUUACUCUUCCUUGCCUUAAUUCAGUCUAAUAAAUGGUUCUCUAAUAAAUUCACUACCUCCUAUGUCACAAUAAACCUUACUUCCUUGGGACAGCCAAGCCUAAGGCAUCAUGCAUCGUAGAGUAAACAGAUAGAUCUUACUAUACUAUAUAUAUAAGAGUAUAUGGUUAGAUCUUACUACACUAUAUACACAAGCACUUGGGUGUGCUUUUAGUAUCCAUGAAAAAUGGUUAAUAAUCCUAGGGCAGAAACGUGAAUAAAGCCAUUUAAAAGUAUUUUAUUUUUACCCUUAGAGAAUUAAAGAAGAAUAAAGUAGCAUCCUUUCCAGAUAUCACCAUCAGUUAUUUAAUUUCUGAAGUCAUUCAUCAAGUUCUUUAAUUUUUUGUGAAAUCUAACUACCAAUGUCUUAUGAAGUCCAAAGCAAAGAAUAAAAGAAUUGAAAUAAAAGGACAGUGUACAAAUUCAUAAAGAUAGAGACUUUAGGUUGGAAACGUAAGUGGCAUGCACUAAUAUGUAUUUAGUAACUGAUCUCUGUGUGCAACAUGAGCUAAUUUUCAGUUCAUACCAGUGGUGACCUAUUUGCUACACAUAUAUCUUUUAAUGAAUAACAUUUAUUGCCUAGUGCUUUUACAUUCCAGUUGUAGAAUGACAACUAAUGGAGAAAGUAUUUUGUGAUUCAGCCAUAAUUUAAUCUUUUGCAGAAAGCACCAUAAAUACCCAAAAUCAUGGAUGAGAAAAAUGUUACUGAGGUGAAGGAAUUCAUCCUUUUAGGAUUCACAGGAGACAUGGUGUUACAGCGGGGACUCUUUUUCAUCUUCCUCAUCAUUUACAUCAUCAGUCUCCUAGGGAAUAUCACCCUGAUUUCUCUCAUCUGUGCUGAUUCUCGACUCCACACACCCAUGUAUUUUUUCAUAGGAAACUUGUCAUUCCUGGAUCUCUGGUAUUCUUCUGUCUAUGCCCCCAAAAUUCUGAUAACUUGCAUCUCUGAAGACAAAAGCAUCUCCUUUGCUGGAUGCCUGGCUCAGUUCUUCUUCUCUGCUGGGCUGGCCUACACUGAGUGUUACCUACUAGCUGCCAUGGCUUAUGAUCGCUAUGCAGCCAUUUCCAACCCCUUACUUUACUCCCAGGCUAUGUCCCCAAGGUUAUGUACCAUGCUUGUUGCAGCUUCCUACCUUGGUGGCUUUGUAAACUCCACCAUUAUCACCAGUGAGACAUUUACCCUGAGCUUCUGUGGAGACAAUACCAUUGAUGACUUCUUCUGUGAUCUGCCCCCUCUUGUGAAGUUAGCGUGUGAUGUUAAGGAGAGCUACCAGGCUGUGCUGUAUUUUAUAUUGGCCUCUAAUGUCAUCACUCCCACGGUGCUUAUUUUGGCCUCGUACCUCUUCAUCAUUGCAGCCAUCUUGAGGAUCCGCUCCACCCAGGGCCGUCUUAAGGCCUUCUCCACCUGUGGUUCUCACCUGACAGCUGUCACCUUGUACUAUGGCUCAAUUCUUUUCAUUUACUCCCGGCCAAGCACUAGUUAUGCCCUGGAGAGGGACAAAGUAGUGUCAGUGUUCUACACAGUAGUGAUUCCAAUGCUGAACCCCUUGAUAUACAGUUUAAGAAACAAAGAUGUCAAGGAUGCCUUUAAGAAAAUGUUAGAUACAGCCAAGUUUUCAUGAAGGAAAAAAAAAAAACUAAGCAAUUUUAAAAUGUUUAUCUUCAUGCAAUUAUUCUUAGAUGGUACUAUCAGAAAUAAAUAUACUAGGGAUAUAAAAGUACUCUCUUAAUAUGCAAAUGGAUGUCUCCAUUUUCUCUAUGUUAAAUUAUAUUUCUUUUUUAUUUAUUUAUUUUUUAUUAGUUCAAAUUGGGAACAAGCUUGAAAUUAUUUUCAUAAUUACAGAAAUAUAUGGAGUGAAUUGUAGUCAUAGUCAACAUUUUAAUGGCACAAAUAUAUUAGUUGCUUAUUAUUUAUUUAUUUAUUUAUUGUAUUUAUGAAUUUGUUAAUCUGUGUAUCUGAUGUGUGUAUGCAUGCGUGUGUUGGUAUGUUGGUAUGGUGGGUUGGUAUGUUACCUCUUGUGUUCUUUCCUGAACACUCCUGCCCUCUUUCAUCCCCAGUGCGUAUGUUCUUUCCUACUUUAAUACCUAUCCUCUAUAUUCUUCUCCCCUUCUGAUUUCAAAAUUUAUUCUCAUACUCAUGUAUGUGUGGUGUGUCUGUGAGGGUAUGUUUGUAUAUGUAUGCAUAUAAUGCAUUAAAAGCUGGAAUUCAUAUGUGGGAGAAAAUGUGGUAUUUAUUUUUCUGAGGUUAGAUCACCUCACUUAAAAUAAUACUUUCCAGAUCCAUCCACUUUCUUCAGAUUUUAUUUUUCCUCACAACAGAAUAGAUCACACACACACACACUAUUCAUUCAUAAACACCUAGGCUGAAUGAAGAUGAAUAACUUAACAAAACUGUUAUAUUUGCCAUGUUGGAGUAGAUUAUAUGAGGACAUUGUUUUUCUGAGAAGCUUUAAUACCUCAUAAGAUAUUUUGUAACUUUCCCAUACUUCAAUAUUUUAAAGUGGAGAUAACAAUUCUCUAAAUGGUUGUAGAAUUGGUACUAGGGUUUGAUGGAUUUAGUGUCUGAUUUCUAAUCAUUUUCAUUGGUAAAAACACUGGAAUCUCAAUCCAGAGUUGAUAACUGGAAAGUAAUUACAUAACUUGCAGAGAGAAAGAGUGGAUGAGAAAACCACACUAGAAGGCUUCAAAGAUGGCUCAGUAGUUAAGAACAUUGGUUUCUGUUCUGGAUGAUCCAGGUCCCAAACCCUAAAUGGUGCCUCAUAAUCAUAUGUAACUCUAGUUCCUGGGAAUUACAUUCUUCCUUCUGGCAUCUUUGAGCAACAGGCAUGCUUUUGGAAUACAGAAAAAGACAUUUAAAAAAACCAACAACUCUUCAUUAUAUCAAUAGGUCUGUGGAUCAAAUUUUUAGAUAUGUAUACUCAUAUUUUCUUAUAACAAUGACUGAAAUGUAAAGCAAUGUAGAAACCUAAUGAUUAUUAAUGGUGUCUUAGUUAGGGUUUCAAUUUAUGUGAAAAGACACCAUGACCACAGCAACUUUUAUAAAGGAAAACAUUUACUUAAGCCUAGCUUACAGUUUAGAGGUUUA